GAUCUGGAGGAGGCUGGAGCUCUCCAGAGGGCGACUGUGGGCUCCAGGGAAUGUGUAAGAUGCUCUGCGUCCGCAGCAGUGUUCUGCGACUAGGCUUGGGGUUCACCAUCCACCACGCUCCUCAAAUCAUCUCCCGCUGGCCAGGAUGGAGUUCCCGGGUCCCCUGUCACCCCUGUAGCUCCAGCGGCCAGAAUCCCAGCGGCUUUGAGCCCUCAGAGAAAGUUCACAGGAUCCCCGCCCAGUACAAGCCUUCGAAAUUCGACAAGAAAAUUCUGCUGUGGACCGGGCGUUUCAAAUCUAUGGAGGAGAUCCCAUCUCUCCUACCGCCUGAAAUGAUAGCUGUUUCAAGGAACAAGGCUCGAGUGAAAGCUUGUUACAUAAUGAUUGGACUCACGAUUGUUGCCUGCUUUGCUGUGAUUGUUUCUGCCAAAAGGGCUGUGGAACGGCAUGAAUCCUUAACAAGUUUGAAUCUGGCAAAGAAAGCUAAGUGGCGUGAAGAAGCUGCAUUGGCUGCACAAUCCAAGUCUAAAUGAUGCUUUAGGCUAAACAGUGUCAGUGUACUCACUCAAGUGCCAUUGCUAUUAACCACAAAAUAAACUAUGG